GGCCCCCGCGCGGGGGGGGGGUGGGACCCUCGCGUAUAAAGGGGCGCGCGAGGGCUGGGCGUUCCACAGGCCAAGUGCUCUGCGCUCGGUAGGUGCCAACCAGGCCCGAACGAGCCGAGCGGGCGAGGACAGGCACUGAGGGGGCGCGGCCGCCGGCCGGACGACACCGCAAGCGAGACUCAGGAGCAGCCCAGGGCCCGACAGCCAGGUAGCCGCCGCGCCCGCCCUCCCGCCGCGUCCCUUUGCAAAUGCAGACUCCGACUGCGCGGGGUCUCACUUGCGCCCGGCCUCCGCCCUCCUCUCCUCUCUUCCUCCUCCUCCUCUUCCUCUCCUCUCCUGUCCCGUGGCCCCGGCCCGCGCUGCCCCGGGCCAGGUUCGACGUGUGUCUCCGCAGCGCAUUGGCAAUGGAGCGCCUUGUCGCCCGCCGCACCUUUCCCCUGUUCGCGCGCACCAGCGCCUGCCGCAGCCUCUUCGGGCCGGUGGACCACGAGGAGCUGAGCCGUGAGCUGCAGAUCCGCCUGGCCGAGCUGAGCGCCGAGGACCAGCGCCGCUGGGACUACAACUUCCAGCAGGACGUGCCACUGCGCGGCCCCGGGCGUCUGCAGUGGACCGAGGUGGACAGCGACUCCGUGCCCGCCUUCUACCGCGAGACGGUGCAGGUGGGGCGCUGCCGCCUGCUCCUGGCGCCCCGGCCCCGCCCGGAGGGCGCAGGCGAUAGCCCGCCCCCCGCGCCGCCGGCCGACGAGCCCCUCGACGGCCUCGGGGAGGCGCCGGCGCCGCCGUCCGGCGGCCCGGUGGUGGCUCCCGCCCCGGCCCCAGCCGCGGCGCCGCAGGAGAGCGAUGAGCAGGAGGCGGUGCCGCCGCCGCGCAGCCAGGAGCCCCUCGCCGAGCCGCUGCACUCAGGGAUGUCGGGGCGCCCCGCGCCGGGCGCUGCCGCUGCCACCGGUAGCGCCGCCGCCGCCACCAAUGCCGCCGCCGCCGCCGCCGCCGCCGCCGCCGGAGGGGCUGUUGCCACCACCGCUGCCGCGGGAGGCGCCGCGAUCAAGAAGCUGCCCGGGCCUCUCAUCUCCGAUUUCUUCGCCAAGCGCAAGAGACCCGCGCCCGAGGCCAAGGCGUCGAACGAGGUUCCCGCGGGAUGCGCCGCCCCAGGCGCCGCUCCGGCCGUAGGCUCGGCGGAGCAGACCCCGCGCAAGCGGCUGCGAUGAGCGUCGCGCGUAAAGAGCCCUGAGGGAGCCCGCUGGGCAGCGGACAGGACAGGAGCGCGGGGCCUCGGCUGGGACCGUCCAUGUAGCAGCAACCGGCGGCAGCUGCCACCGAGCAGCGUUCGGUUUCGUGUUUAAAAUUUAAAAAAAAAAAAAACUGUGCAAUGUAUUAAUAACGUCUUUUAUAUCUAAAUGUAUUCUGCACGAGGAGUACACUGGUCCCAAGGUGUAAAGCUUUAAGAGUCAUUUAUAUAAAAUGUUUAAUCUCUGCUGAAACUCAGUGCAAAAAAAUGAAAAAAGAAAAAAAAAAGGAAAAAAGAAAAAAACAUGUAUAUUUGUACAAAAAGUUUUUAAAGUUAUACUAACUUAUAUUUUCUAUUUAUGUCGAGGCGUGGGCCGCUCUGCCACGCGAUAGCUCGGUUAUUGGUUAUGCCAAAGGCACGUCACCGCAUCUGGUUAUCGACAAAUGUAAAUUUAUUUUUAUAGCGGACUCUGGGGGGAGGGGGUCGCUCACAAGCUGUAGCUGCCGUACAAGCCCAUCUAGCUAGCAGUUCUCUUCGCGCUUUCGCUGUCUCUUUUUAUUAUUAUGAUUAUUUUAAACUUGAAGACAAAUUUGUUAACAUGGUUCCUGAGCCGUCUGCACCACUGCCCCGGCCCCUCGUCCGCCGGGUUCUAAAUAAAGAGGCCGAAAAACGCUGCAAGUCA